AUGACGAACGAGACAGACAGCAAUCCUGUCCAGAAAGGUAGGGACCCGACCAUUCCGGUCAUUAUGUUUAUAUUCGGUGUGGUCGGCAACGUGAUUGCUAUUGUAGUGCUUCGAAAGUCUCGGAAAGAGCAAAAGGAGACCACUUUUUACACUCUGGUGUGUGGACUUGCUGUAACCGACCUGUUGGGCACGCUGCUGGCGAGUCCUGUCACCAUUGCCACCUAUGUGAGUGGUGCGUGGCCCGGUGGGGAACCGCUGUGUCAAUAUUCCGGAUUCAUUUUGCUCAUCUUCUCCUUGGCUGGACUUAGUAUUAUUUGUAGCAUGUCCAUUGAGAGGUACCUUGCCAUCAAUCACGCGUAUUUCUACAGCCGUUACGUUGACCAAAGGGUGGCAGGCUUGACGCUCACGGGCAUCUAUGUGUCCAACGCGCUUUUCUGCGCUCUUCCGAGCAUGGGACUUGGGAGCGUGGUGAAGCAGUAUCCAGGAACGUGGUGUUUCAUCGACUGGCGGAGCAACAACAGCACGAACGCUACGUUCUCCUACAUGUAUGCCGGCUUGAGCUCCGUCCUCAUCCUUGCCACCGUUAUCUGUAACGUGCUGGUGUGCUCGGCGCUGUUAAGGAUGCACAAGCUCUUCGUGCGCAGGACCUCGCUUGGCACGGAUCAGGGGCGCAUCGCGGAGAUCAGGCGACGGCGGAGUUUCGCCCGUCUGGCUGGUGCAGAGAUUCAGAUGGUCAUCGUUCUUAUAGCCACCUCCAUAGUCGUACUCAUUUGCUCCAUUCCGUUAGUGCAGGAACUCAGAGGAAGCAGCACACUCCAGCAGUCAGUCAUCAUGUCCGACAGAGGUGCAUUCGAUACCAAUGUGGUGACCCUAACCAGGUUUGUCUUGGAAGAGGGCAGAAAAGCCAAAGGAACUGGGGAGCUUACAACCCUUCUCAACUCUAUGUGCACAGCCAUCAAAGCCAUUUCCACUGCUGUCAGAAAAGCCGGUAUUGCCAACCUCUAUGGAAUUGCCGGGAGCACAAAUGUAACCGGUGACCAAGUGAAAAAGUUGGAUGUCCUGUCCAAUGAUCUGGUUAUAAACAUGAUCAAGUCCUCCUUUACUUCCUGUGUUUUGGUGUCUGAGGAAGAUGAAAAAGCCGUCAUUAUAGAACCAGAGAAACGGGGCAAAUAUGUGGUUUGCUUUGACCCUCUGGAUGGCUCUUCCAACAUUGACUGCUUAGCUUCCAUUGGAACCAUUUUUGCAAUCUACAGAAAGGACACUGAUGAUGAGCCCUCAGAGAAGGAUGCCUUGCGAAGUGGCAGAAACAUUGUGGCAGCAGGGUAUGCCCUCUAUGGCAGUGCCACCAUGCUGGUUCUCUCCACAGGCCAAGGAGUCAACUGCUUCAUGCUUGAUCCUGCCAUCGGUGAGUUCAUACUUGUAGACCAGGAUGUGAGGAUCAAGAAGAAGGGAAAGAUCUACAGUCUCAAUGAAGGCUAUGCACAGCAUUUUUACCCAGAUGUCACAGAAUACCUGCAAAAAAAGAAAUUCCCAGAGGAUGGCAGUUCACCAUAUGGAGGGCGCUAUGUGGGGUCCAUGGUAGCUGAUGUGCACAGGACGCUGGUCUAUGGUGGAAUAUUUCUGUAUCCUGCUAAUGUCAAGAGCCCCAAGGGCAAGCUAAGGCUGUUGUAUGAGUGCAACCCCAUGGCCUUCAUCAUAGAGCAGGCUGGUGGUAUGGCGACAACAGGAGCCAUGAAUGUUCUGGAUAUCAAACCUGACACAAUCCACCAGAGGGUUCCUGUUGUACUGGGCUCCCCUGAUGAUGUACAAGAGUAUAUCACCAUCUUCAAGAAACACAACAAAUGAGAUGCAACUAGAUGAUCAUCUUUUGCCAUCUACUGUAGACAUCAUCACCCUACUGAAACUUGAAACCUAGGGAUAUGAGAUGUCAUGAAGCAUUGUCUGUAUAUACAUAAGGGUACAAGAAUUUUCCAUUUUCAUUUUCAGUUCAUUAAUGUGUGUGCUGGGUCAGUUUUUUUUACUUGUAUGCCUUCCAUUUAUGUGAUUUGUUAAGAUAAGUAAUAUAUCAAUGCCACAUGUUAUACUGACUAAUAUUAAGUCCUAUAAACACUUCUGUACAUCUUCAGAAUAAAAUAUAUAUAUCAUUUGA